AUGAAAAAAAGGAGACGAAAUGAUGGCGAAGCAGAGUGGCCGAUGAGUUCAGGGCAUGCGGUGGUGUCGGCAGAAGGAGAAGCGGUUUCACAAGCGGACGAAGCGGACGAGGCGGACUACAUCACGCGCGGACUGACCGGCGAGCUACGGGUCUCGGGAGAGAGAAUAAAACUAGCGGGAGUUUUCGUAUAUGUUUUAUUAAAAACGCCAUUAUCAUCAAUAUUAGGAUUUAUGAAGUUCGGUUUAACGAUUACAAUUACACUUUAUGAGUAG